CAGACCCUAAUUGUGUGAGUGUGUGUUUGCAUGUGUUCCCUCAAAAGUACAAGAAAGUUGUUCUUUGUCUUGGCCGGAAAAUUGGAAGUAGCCGAGGGAAGAGUUCCGCUGUGGGGGAGAAAAGAAAUUGCUAUCAUGUGGCAUUGGUGGAUGCCCUUUUUCUUGGCCUUGGUUUCCAUGGCAAUCCCAACAAUCUGCCAAAGUGGGGACGGCGAUUAUGGAUCAGGCUUUGACUUUUACCUCUCGAUCACAGCCACUGAUGGGCCAUUGCAAUCCGUCGCUGAUGAGCCUGCGAGGGUGAAAAAUAACCCAACGUCCCCCGACGUGUCCUCUUUUCCACCGCACCAGAAGACGUGUGCAGUCCGCUUCAGCACCAGCGACGUCUCAGCCCGGAAGCUGAAGGCCCAGAAGGAGGAGCUGGCCUACCUGCAGGCCAUCCAGCACGCCAACAAGGCGGUGAUGGAGAACCUGGUGCAGUAUGUCGGGGCCGAGCUGCGACACGAGAGCUACGAGGAGGUGAUCCGAGCCAACAUGGUGGGCAUCCUGGAGGACCACAAGAGCUGCCUGGAGGUGACCGAGAAAGCAGAGGAAGACCUGAAGAAGCAGCUGCAAGGCAAUGUACUCGACACCCUCGCUAGGAUGCAGAAAAUCCAUGACGAGUCAUUGGCUUUUGAGGACAUGCUUCGGGCGGCGUUUGACAUGGCCAAGCGCCUGGAGAGCUCGUCACAGACCCUUCAUGCUUCAUUCACCAAGCAGUUGAGAGACACGGUCAAAGUCCACGGCUAACACUUGGACACUUUUCUGUUUCCUUCAUUGGAUUGUAAUCACCGACUCAGCUGGCUGGGACUCAAUGUAUAGAAUUGUGGAAUGAAGCCAUUACAGUAUUAUGCAAGUGGUAUAAGGUUGAGGUGUUUAAGGGUCAUAAUGGCCCUGCUCAUCUUCU